GGGCAUCUGGUACUUGUCAUUUCCAAUCACCGGCUAGAAAUCACGCUGGACCACCCUUCCCUUCCAAUCCAACCGUUCGUUCCAUAACCCUUGUUCUGAUGCAUCAUAUUUUGAAAAACCGAGCAACCUAGCGGAGGUAUACACCCGGUUCUUCUCACUACACUCUCUUUCACUCCUGCGCUGCCGGUUCAACUUAGAAAGAGUGAAAAAACCCUCGACGCCGAAACCAGUUAUUUUGGGCGGGAUCUAGAGUCUUCAAUUCUCCCUUCACUAUCUCCGUCUUCGCUUUCUCUUCGGUAAGAUCAGUUUUCUUUCGGCCGAAGUUUUUUGAUAUCUCUAUUCCAUGGCGGUGGAGAGAAUUUUCAAAGAUGAAGCUAGUGAGGAGAAAGGAGAGCGCGCCAGACUGGCUUCAUUUGUGGGCGCAAUGGCAAUUGCUGACUUGGUUAAGACAACAUUAGGGCCGAAGGGAAUGGAUAAAAUUUUGCAAUCAACUGGAAGAGGACACGAGGUUACUGUUACGAAUGAUGGGGCCACCAUCUUAAAGUCCCUGCAUAUUGACAAUGCAGCUGCUAAAGUUCUUGUUGAUAUUUCAAAAGUUCAAGAUGAUGAAGUUGGUGAUGGGACAACUUCCGUUGUUGUUUUGGCGGGUGAGCUCUUAAGGGAGGCUGAAAAGCUGGUUUCAUCAAAGAUUCACCCAAUGACAAUCAUUUCAGGUUAUCGGAUGGCAGCUGAAUGUGCUCGUAAUGCUUUAUUGCAGAAGGUUGUGGAUAACAAGGCUGACUCUGAAAAAUUUAAGUCGGACUUAAUGAAGAUCGCAAUGACUACUUUGAGCUCCAAAAUUCUUUCUCAGGACAAAGAACAUUUUGCACAGCUAGCUGUGGAUGCUGUGAUGCGCCUAAAGGGAAGCACCAACUUAGAGGCUAUCCAAAUUAUAAAGAAGCCCGGUGGAUCACUUGUAGAUUCAUUUUUAGAUGAAGGAUUUAUUCUUGACAAGAAAAUAGGUCUUGGUCAGCCGAAGCGCAUAGAGAAUGCAAACAUUUUGGUCGCAAACACAGCAAUGGACACAGACAAAGUGAAGAUUUAUGGGGCACGUGUUCGUGUUGAUUCAAUGGCGAAGGUUGCUGAAAUUGAAGGGGCUGAGAAAGAUAAAAUGAGAGAAAAAGUGCAGAAGAUCAUAGGUCAUGGAAUUAACUGUUUCGUUAACAGACAGUUGAUCUACAAUUUCCCAGAAGAACUCUUUGCAGAUGCUGGAAUACUUGCAAUUGAGCAUGCUGAUUUUGAUGGCAUUGAGCGUUUGGCCUUAGUUACUGGUGGUGAAAUUGCAUCAACCUUUGAUAACCCAGAGUCCGUGAAGCGUGGGCACUGCAAGCUCAUUGAGGAAAUUAUGAUUGGUGAGGACAAGUUGAUCCACUUUUCUGGAGUUGAACUGGGUCAGGCUUGCACAAUAGUGCUGAGAGGCGCGAGCCAUCACGUUCUUGACGAGGCUGAAAGGUCUUUGCAUGAUGCCUUGUGUGUGCUGUCUCAGACGGUCAAUGACAGCAGAGUUUUGCUUGGAGGUGGAUGGCCUGAGAUGAUAAUGGCAAAGGAAGUUGAUGAGCUGGCCAGGAAAACGCCUGGAAAGAAAUCCCAUGCUAUUGAAGCUUUCUCGCGGGCACUCUUGGCCAUUCCUACCAUCAUUGCUGACAAUGCCGGUUUGGACAGUGCUGAGUUGAUUGCAAAGCUACGUGCAGAGCACCAGAAAGAAGGAUGCACUUCUGGGAUUGAUGUCAUCUCUGGAACAGUAGGAGACAUGGCAGAACGAGGGAUAUCAGAAGCAUUUAAAGUUAAGCAGGCCGUCCUGCUCUCUGCAACAGAGGCUGCAGAGAUGAUUCUUAGAGUCGACGAGAUCAUCACCUGUGCACCAAGGAAAAGAGAAGAUAGAAUGUGAUUUGCCAGAAACGGAUGUAUUUUAAUGUCUGCCCUUUGUCUUGGCAAUAUGUGGUUUUGUACGUUGAUGUUAUUGUUAGAUGGAUCAAAGUUUUGAAAAAAUGAGUUUUCGAUAUGGCCGGGAUUGUAACUGAGGACUUAUUUUGAAUUUAUCUUUGAGUGGAUGUUUCUUAUUUGGUCGGUCA